AUGCAACACGACUCCACGCUGGAGGCCGGACUACUGAGAAAGCAGCAUCAGGAAGAAGAAAAGUCGCAACAUUCUGGAAGAGGUUUUGGAGACCGCACCCUUGGACACCCGGAUACAAUUCCCGGACAGCAGGAGCACCGCAAAAUGUCGACUCUUCGUCGAUUUCUCGUCAUUGCCUUCAUCGGCUUGGUGGCCAUGAUGGGCUUGGCCGCCGCUCGAGGACCCUGCCUUGGUGCUGUUCAGCACCAAGGCGUUCAGCUGGAGAAGCGUCAGACGCCCGGAAGUAAUACUACUAGCCCUCCCGGGAACCAGAACCAGGGCAAUGAGGGCAGCCAGCCAGGCAAUGGUGCUUCCACCUCCACUGUCGAGGGCACCGUUACCUCAACGGUCACGACUACGGAGACAGUUCACCAACCUGGCGGUAGCACUACGAGCACCUCUUCUCCUGGAACUUCGAGCCCUGGGACUUCUUCGCCUCCUCCGCCACCCUCCUCGUCUCCCAGCUCGCCUACAAGCUCGUCUUCCCCGUCAUCGUCUCCCCCUCCCCCGGUUUCGACUCCGACUUCCUCGCCGCCCACCUCGAGCAAGCCGACGACAUCUGUCCCAACUACUACUUCAGCCCCCCCAAGCACUACCCCUUCCUCCUCGACUUCCAAACCGGUCUCCACCUCGGGUACGUCUCCUACAGCUUCAACCAGCGAAGUUGCUUCUUCUUCUUCUAAUCCUCCAACUACUUUCUCAUCUGCCGAGCCCACGACCUCCUCUCCCCCAGAGACUACUCCUCGUCGCACUAUCACCACCGGUACCGUCACUACCUCGAGCGCCGUGCAGGAAACGAUUACGCGGACCAACGGCGAAGGCCGUGUCGAGACGGUUACGUCGACCUCUUGGGUUGAAAUUCGCCCGACUUCAACCGAAAAGGCCGACCCCAACUUGCAAAACGCCGCCAAUGGCCGUGGCACUGCUGGUGUUGCGGCCGCCGCCAUGGCUGGUGUCGUGGCCGGCAUCAUGAUGCUCUAA